AUGGAGUUUGGAUUUUGGACCAAACUCAACUCUCUCUCUCUCCCCUCCAACCUCACCUCCCUCUGUUUUGACCCUCGCCAAUUUGUUAUCUCACCCAACAUAUGUGCCUCAAUACAAAACACUCAAGAUUGGGUAUCCAAGGUUGGCCCAUCAACUCGCCUCGACUCAGCUUGUAACCCAGACCUCUCUAAUCUCAUUGCCUGUGUAGCCGCAGGCUUUCAGAUUCAAGCUGAGUUGAUAUCAAUUGAUGGUAAUAGGUCUCACUCCCUUGAUUGCCUCUACUUCACAAUUUUAUAUGCUGCUGAAAUCAUUAAUCAGUUUGGGCCGGAAAGUACUGGUGCCAUUUCAUGUAUUUUGAAUCUUCCACUUGGUUCUUCUAAGUUUUUCCGGCGUAGGAACAGGAGGAACAAAACCGAGUUUGAUUCUGGUGAAGAGGAGUCAGGAUUUAGGCCACGAAUGCGGCCUAACACAGGUUCAAUAGGGUUCAAUAUUCAAGAGCUGGAGAAGGCAACUGAUAAUUUUUCAGAGAAGAAUUUCAUUGGGAAAGGUGGGUUUGGGAUUGUCUAUAAAGGGUCUUUACCUGAUGGGAGUAUGAUUGUUGUUAAAAAAAUAAUAGAAUCUGAUAAUUAUCAAAGGAAUAUUGAAGAGUUCUGCAAUGAAGUUGACAUCAUUAGCAACUUGAGACAUCGAAAUCUUUUGCCACUUCGAGGGUUUUGUAUAGAAGAAGAUGAAAAUGGACAUGACCAAAGCCAAAAAUACCUUGUUUACGAUCACAUGUCGAAUGGGAAUCUUCAUGACCAUUUGUUUCCUUCUGAAAAUGACAAUGGAAGAAUCAGCAAGAAGCAACCCUUAACAUGGCCUCAGAGAAAGAGUAUAAUUUUGGAUGUGGCGAACCGGCUAGCUUAUCUUCACUAUGGAGUGAAGCCUGCUAUAUAUCAUAGAAACAUUAAGGCCACCAACAUAUUAUUAGAUGCAGAUAUGAGGGCAAGGGUGGCAGAUUUCGGAUUGGCAAAACAAAGUAGAGAAGAAGAAUUGUCUCAUCUCACUACUACUAGAGUUGCUGGAACACAUGGGUACUUAGCCCCAGAAUAUGCCCUUUGUGGGCAUUUAAGUGAUAAAAGCGAUGUUUACAGUUUUGGCGUCGUGGUUUUGGAGAUAAUGUGUGGGAGAAAAGCUCUUGAUGACUCUUCUUCUUCAUCGGGAUCACAUCAAGCAUUGGUUAUCACGGAUUGGGCUUGGUCGAUGGUGAAGGCGGGGAAGAUGAAAGAGGCUUUGGAUGAUUCAUUGACAAGAGAUGGAGAGUAUGCAAGUGCAGAUCAGCUGAAGGGGAUAAUGGAGAGGUUUGUGCUUGUUGGGAUUUUGUGUGCUCAUGUAACGGUUUCUGUGAGGCCUACAAUUUUGGAUGCUAUUAAAAUGUUGGAAGGAGAUAUGGAGGUUCCUGCAGUUCCAGAUAGGCCAAUCCCUCUUGAAUAUAAGCUUGAUUUUUAG